UGCACCCUCUCCGCCGCCGCCACCGCCGGGCCACUGUGGGGAGAGGGGAAGGUUCUGGAGAGGAUCAAGGGUCCAACGUCCAAAGAUCAGCCACUGCCCAGGCCUGGAGGGGACGGGGGCGGUGAGCAGCUGCCAGAGCUCAGAUUCAGGGUCAUGGCUUCUGACAGGGUCCCGAGGAGAGUCGGGGUGGUGGGCUACGGCCGCCUUGGGACCAGAACUGGGCCUCGAACUUGUUUUUGUCUGGAACCGCGACCCGGGACGAAUGGCAGGGAGCGUGCCUCCUUCCCUGCAGCUCCAAAACCUCGCUGCCCUCGGGGAGAGGCACCCCGACCUUGUAGUGGAAGUGGCCCAUCCCCAAAUAAUCCAGGAAUCUGGGGCACAAAUCCUGCGUCACGCCAAUCUCCUGGUGGGGUCCCCCUCAGCCCUGGCUGAUCAGGCCACAGAGCAGCAGCUCCUGGAGGCCUCGCACCGCUGGGACCAUGCUGUGUUUGUGGCCCGGGGGGCCCUGUGGGGCACUGAGGACAUCACCAGAUUGGACGCAGCUGGGGGCCUCCAGAGUCUUCGUGUCACCAUGGCCACGCACCCCGAUGGUUUCCGGCUUGAGGGACCGCUGGCUGCAGUGCGCAGCACUGAGCAUCGCACGGUGCUCUAUGAAGGUCCCGUCCGCGGCCUCUGCCCCUUCGCCCCCCGCAACUCCAAUACCAUGGCGGCCGCUGCCCUGGCUGCCCCCAGCCUGGGCUUUGACCGCGUGGUUGGAGUGCUUGUGGCUGACCUCAGCCUCGCAGACAUGCACGUGGUGGACGUGGAGCUGACUGGCCCCCCGGGCCCCACAGGACGAAGCUUCGCCGUGCACACCCACAGGGAGAACCCCGCAGAGCCAGGCGCGGUCACGGGCUCUGCCACCGUUACCGCAUUCUGGCGCAGCCUCCUGGGCUGCUGCCAGCUCCCCUCCAGGCCGGGGAUCCAUCUCUGCUGAGAAGCCGCCUCCUUCCCUAGUGGACAUCUUCGUCUCAUUUACG